GCGAGCGCCGGCGGCCGGUCCGACCCGCCGACAGUCCAGUACCGACCGGUGUGCGGGGAGCUCGCGGAAACCGCGCUCGAGGACCGGCCGAAACACGCGACACGCCACAGGACCAGCCCGUAAAGGCUGGAUGACCUGAAGACGAGGAGCCCGCUCUGUGAUGUGGUAUGGCCGCUCCCGGAGGCGCCCACUCCUGCUGCCGUCCGCCGCUCGGUCGUCUCCCGUCCUGAUGACGCUGCUACUGCCGCUGCUGGUCGUCCUGCUGGCCGGCGGGACCACAGGUGAGCUGUUUUUCGACCCUCUGGAGCCGGUGCCACGGGUGUUCGCCGGCGCGCCGGCCGGUCAGCUGGUGACCCAGGUCUACGCCCGUGACCUCUCCGACCCGUCGGUGCGGCCCACCUACUCGCUGCCGCAGGGCGCCGACUUUGCCCAGUUCCGACUCAACACCAAAAACGGCCGACUCUACACCAGGAGGCCCGUGAAGCGUCGCGUCAAUGAUACCUACGAGCUGGCGGUCAUCGCGUAUGGCGGCGGGGAGUCGAGGGUUCAACAGAUCAGUGUACUCGUCUCAGAGAAGAACAUUCACCCUCCCAAGUUUACUCAGACCAUCUACAGUGUGGAAGUGCCGGUGAACGCCGUCGCCGGCACUCCCCUGGUUCGUAUCCGAGCCACCGACAACGACACUGUUCCCUACAACCGUCAGCUGGUCUACAGCAUCACUGCCUCUGAUGACACGAGCCGGUACCUCUCUUUGGACAGCGACAGUGGCCAGAUCACCCUCCGCCGGCCACCGCCGCCAGGUCUUUCGGCUCUGAACGUCACGGUCUCGGCCCGGGACCUCGGCUCGCCGGCCUACAGGGACGUGGCCGGGGUGCAGAUCACCUUCAGAACCAUCUCAGAGCCGGAGAAGCUGCGCACGGUGCCGAUGUCGGACACUAGUGUGAUGGUAUGCUGGCGUCGGCCGCGACUCGGUGUCGUCAGCGGCUACCUGAUGAAACUCACCUUCGAGGAGAGUACGGGCGGGAACAUCACCCGUCUGGUGCGGCGCCACAGCGAGCAGCUGCUCGAGGGACCCCGACUGCAGCCCAGACCGAGGGGUUAUCGUGAUGACGACGACGAUGACGACGAUGACGCUGUGACGAUGGCGGCUGGAGAGCAGUGUACGCUCCUGGACGGUCUGCAGCCUUGGACCACGUACCACCUGGUGGUACACGGGUACCGGGAGCACGAGACGGGCAUGGCCAGUGAGAGCAUUACGUUCGGGACACGCCGCAGCCCCUGUUCGGGCAGUGUGUGCGGUCCGGGGACCUGCCGUCGCUCCGGCGCCGCCCCCGGCUACAACUGCUACUGCCCCGAGGGCACCUUUGGCCAGCGCUGUGAGCUGCGAGACCCCUGCUUCAGCCGACCCUGCCAGAACCUCGGUGUGUGCCAUAACAUCAGUUCGGACCAGUUUGAGUGCCACUGUAUGGCUGGCUUCCACGGAGAAACGUGCGCAGACUUCAACCCAUGCCUGAGUCAUCCUCCGCCCUGUCAGAAUGGAGGCACAUGUCACAGUGACGUCUCAAACAAGUACUCGUGCAUCUGCCCUCCUCUGUACACGGGUGACACGUGCGAUAGGCGGAACCCGUGUCAGGAGAGCACGUGUAACAACGGCACGUGUCACGAGGAGGACGACACGUACUACUGCGACUGCGAUCCGGGGUACACCGGCGACCACUGUGAACUGAAGAUAGACCACUGUGCGUCCUCGCCGUGCAAAAGUGGCGCCACCUGCGUAGGUGGAGCCACCGGCUUCACCUGCCACUGCGCUGAGGGCUUUACGGGAGACGACUGCAGCAUCAAUAUAGACGACUGCGCCAGCCAGCCGUGUAAGCACGGCGGGGUGUGCGCGGACGGCGUGGCAGAGUUCGUGUGCACCUGCCCGGACGGGUACGCCGGUCACCUUUGUCAGACCGCAGUGUUCUGUCCAUCGGAGACCGUGGACAGCUCUGUGGGCCUGCUCGAGUGGCCCGAAACACCGUCCGGGCGAAAAACGUCGCUGCCCUGCCCCGCCGGAAGACGGCUCAGCCCCGCAGAAGAAGAAGAUGGAGAACAGGACAGCGCUGAGGAUGGAGACGAUGAUGAGCACCUCAGUCCUAAUGACAGGGAGGAUGAUGAAGAUCUCAAUCCCGAGGACAGGGAGGACGAUGGGCAGCUCGACCCCGAGGACAGAGACCGGCCUGCGGUGGCCACCCGCCGCUGUUUGCGGCCCAGCGGCCACGGCCAGCGGCCGCUGUGGGAGGAGGCCGACACUCAUCUGUGCCGGGACCAGCGGCAGACCGCGCUGGCCCAGAGCAUGUCUCACCGUCUGCUGCGGUCCGGCACCACACUACCCACCGAGCUGGACGCUGUCGAGUUUAGCUCGGCCGCUCAGGAGCUCACCGACAUCAUGCCCCAGGCGACCCGAGACACUCAGGUGGCGCGCUCGGUGCUGCAGAGCGUCAGUCAGCUGAUGGAGAGUAGCUCAGCCGAGGCGGUCUCCGAUCGGCACGCGGCCGCCGCCGCCGGGCGGCUGGCGCGUGCACUCGAGCUGAUGGCCGUCAACAUAGAGCUGGACGACGAUGAUGAUGACGAUGAUGAAGAGCAUGGAGGUGCUGCUGGAGUUGGUGCUGGUGGCCAAGUCUAUAAGCCACAACGACUGGAUCUGAGCACCCCGAACGUGGCCUUCUCGACCCUGGAGUACCUGGGGUCGGCACUGACCACCUCUGACCGAGACGUGGACCUAUACCCGUCCCUGACGCCCGCGGCGGCCAACGGUACCGGUACCGGUACCGGUACGGCCAGCGGGUACCCCGGGCCGGUGACCACCGAUCGACGGGAUCCAGCCGGCGCCAGGGUGCGUGUGCCGGCGUCCGUGCUCCGCUCGGCCGGCCGGCAGCAGCGCCGUCUGCGUCUGGUGGUCAUCUCGUACAGAACCUCGCGUCUGUUCCCGUCACACCAGGAGCGCACCGGGCCCGACCCCGGCGUCAUCACAGUGACCAUUCCCGGGUACGACACGAGUCGUCUUAUGGAGCCGGUCAAGUUUGGACUGGGAGCUGUCAAUGUGGCCGGCUUCCAGCCCCGCUGCGUCUACUGGAAAGAAAACGAAAUGUCCUGGUCGGAGGAGGGCGUCACCACGGAGCUGAUGGGGGACCAGGCGGUCUGCUCCACCAGCCACCUCAGCUCGUUCUCAGUGCUAUUUGACCCGGUGGCCGAGUCUAUCGGAGGUCUGCACGAACGCAUCCUCAGCAUUCUCAGCUACAUCGGAGCCGGCCUCAGCCUGCUGGGCCUGGCGCUCACCAUUCUCACAUAUAGUCUGUUUAGAUGUUUGAGCCGGGAGCGGCAGGGUAAGAUCCUGCUGAACCUCUGCGCCUCGCUGCUGCUGAUGAACGUCAUGUUUCUGGUGUCCAACCUGCGCGUGUUCCUGCCGUCCACGCAGUUUUGCAUCACCACCGCCGUCCUGGUCCACUACUUGGUGCUGACAUCCCUCUGCUGGAUGCUAGUGGAGGCCAUCAACAUGUACCAGCUCAUCAUCACCGUGUUUGCAACGUCCGAGUCCAGUUUCAUGCUGAAGAGACUGCUGUUUGCCUGGGGGUUCCCGGCGGCCGUCGUGCUGUCUGCCCUCAUCUCCGACCGGCGGAUGUACUACGAGGCCGUGGACGACCACUACUGCGUCAUCAGCGCCAAGCAGCCCUACAUUUUCUACAUCAGCUUCUUCGGCCCCGGAUGCGUGAUUUUGAUCAUCAACGUCAUCGUCUUUGUAAUGGUCUCACGAGUGCUGUUUCAACAAAGAACGCUCGGGAAAUUCGGCGCCGUUCGAAAGUCUAUUUCAUUCAACCAGGUGCGCGGUGCAUUCACCGUGAUGGCUCUGCUUGGUGUCUCCUGGAUCUUCGGUGCCUUUGCGCUCGGCCGGGCGCGCAUCGCCUUCUCCUACAUCUUCACCAUCCUGAACUCGAUGCAGGGCUUCAUCAUCUUCGUGUCGCGCUGCGUCCAGUACCCGGAGGCGCGGCUGGCCUGGCUGACGCUGAUCAAGACCGGGCGCCGGAAGCAGCGGCGCGGCUCGGCGCCGGGAUCCAGCUCGCAGACGCACAAGAAGAGCUCGCUGCCCAGCAGUCGCGCCGCCGUCAACUCGGUCACCUACUCGCUGAGCUCGUCCAGCGAGGGCGGCUGGCCGGGCCGACCGGACGCUUGGCGCGCCACGGGGCCGCGACACCGCGGCUCGCAGCCGGAGCGGAGCUCUCAGCCGCCGCCGCCGGAGCCGACGGAGCCCGCGCCGCCGCCGGAGGAGCUGCGGACGGAGCCGCCGCCGGAGACCGAGCAGGCUCCGGGACGGGGCGAGCGGCAGCGACGCUCCGAGCGACUGACGCCGCGGCCAUCCGACGAGUCCUGCAGCAAGGAGGGCGACGACACGUCGUGGCAGUUCGUGCGCGCCGCCGGAUCCACCUCAGAUCUGGCUCCCGAUCCUCCGCAGACAUUUAACGUGAUGCUGAACCAGGCCGGUGGCGAGCGGCUGCGGCGCUCGGUCAGCGUGGGUCUGCCGCCGGCUAGCGCGCCGCUAUCGCCGCGACACCGCUACAGAUCGCACGGUGACGUCACACGGCCGGCUCCUAGUGACGUCACCUUCUGCCGACCGGACGCGUAUGACGAGCGGGAGCUGCCGCUGCGGCGCAGCCACUGGGACCCGCUCAACUACGGCAGCGGACAGCGGCACGGCUGCACGGAGACGGGCCUCACCAGCGGUCAUCUCACGAGGAAGGCCGAUCGCGGCGGCGGCGACUGCGAACCCCUACCGCCACCGCCGGAUCUGGUAGAGGAAUCCUCUCUGGAGACGAGCCAGGCCGAGCUCGUUUCAGACCAGACCAGUUCGAAGAUCUCGGACGGCGGGGGCGAGGACCGGUGGUCUUCGCGAGCCACCGGGACCGACACCCUGGUCAGCCGGUCUCGACUGUCGGCACCGCGCCCGGAGCCGCCCGACAGUCGACUGUAGCGGACCGGCCGCACACGUCUGCCCCGGCGGACCGACAUCGGAGCUCAGCAGAGCCCUGGGUGGUCCGCUCCAGCUUCCCGCAGUGUGGCCGCUUAUACCGGUCCAUGUUUGUAAUCAGGUUAGCUUCAGAUGAGUUUGUUGGUGAUGUGCGCUUAGUAGAUGUGGCUGUUCAUUCCCUUUGCCUUGCAGAUGGUAAUUUCAUGCGUGAGUUAGGCGCAAUGUAAUAGUCGCUUGAGUUCAAUGUGCUAUUGUAUUUUUUUUUACAAGUGUUUUGUGCUUAUGCGAAAAUCUUGUACAUACUGUGUUAUAGUAAAUGACUGUUAUAUAAUUUCGCGCAGGCAAAGAUGUGCGUGCGCAUCGCGAGUAAUGUACGAAAUCAUUCGAGUUGGCGUCUGCUUGCGCCUACGUGUGCUGGCUCGAUGCUUAAUUUAUUCUGGAAAAACAUCUUAGUUUUAGUGCUGUUGCAGCGUUCAGUGAGACAGUAAUGCAUCGACUCUCUCUAAUUAAGUUGCUCCAAUAUUCGGCCCAUGCAUAUCUUGCUGAAGCCGCAUGAUAAUGAGUCCGGAGAUUAUUGUAAUUAAGUGCGUCCAUGUGACGUGUGGCAGCAAUAUAUGUUGCGACGUGCUACCGAUCCUU